AGUGUAGUAAAUAAGUGAAACGUCUACAAUAAGAUCAUUAAGAAUGCAUGAAAACGAACAGAUUUAGAACUCCAUACUACCACACUAAACUAGGUACAAUGGAAUAGGAGUUUUGUGGAGGUUGGUGUCUUAAGUAAAGGGCAAUCAACGGAGAAGGAAACCGUUACAUUGACUCACUUGAAAACUUUAUCGAUAAGACACUAUUUUAACGACCAAUAGAUAUGGCUGAAGUCACAGAGAUGGAAUCCGAAAACGCAACGGAUACUUCACUGAGUAACGCCAGUUUCAAUGUUACUGAAAUUUAUGGAGACUACAUCUUUGACAAAACGAACAUCAGGGUUUUGUUUAUCAGUCUUUACACCUUGGUGUUUUGUCUCUGCUUUUUUGGAAAUUUCUUGGUCAUAUUGGUGGUAACUAUGAGUAGAAGAUUAAGAUCCAGCACAAAUUUCUUCUUAGCUAAUUUGGCAGUGGCUGACUUCAGUGUUGCUGUAUUUUGUAUCUAUCAAAACUUGCUAAUUUACUUAGUCGACAGCUGGAUUCUGGGCGAGUUCCUCUGCAAAAUGUACAUGUUCAUUCAAUCACUGAGCAACACGGCUAGCAUAUACAUCCUCGUGGUUAUCUGCAAGGAACGGUUUUUCGCCAUCCUUUAUCCCAUAACCUGCAAGCAGAUACUAACACCCACAAGAUUAAGGAUAAUAAUAGCAGCGGUUUGGGUACAAUGUAUCGUGUACAGCUCGCCGAAGUUCUACUUUGGAAACACCGUGACAAACUUGACUCCAAACGACCAGGGGCAAAACAUCACCGAGACAGUCUGCGUCUUAGACAGGACGCGCUUCAACUCCAAAUUAUUCGAUAUAAUUCACUUCGUACUUUUGUACGUCAUUCCGCUGGCAAUUAUGUCGAUAUUAUACACCUGUAUCGCAGUUUGUUUAUGGAACAGUUCACAACAACUGAAGAAACAAUUAAACGCCUCGAACGAACAGGAAUACACCUUGUGCAGAAAAUCAUCCAGCAAAUAUCGAGUCGACAAAAAGAUAUCCAAUGGCGUUACGAAACUACUUCAAAACACAAAUAGCAACAGCAUGCCCAAUCCAAAUUCCAGUCAGAACGUUUUGAGGGCCCGAAGGGGAGUUAUAAAAAUGCUGAUUAUCGUAGUUUGCGCCUUCGCUAUAUGUCAUCUUCCGUGGCACGUUAGAAAGAUGUGGCAGAAUUGGUCGGAAAAUUAUCAUGGAGAUUCAAAUUUCAGUGCCCUGUUAACGCCACUAACAUUUUUAUCUCAAUAUAUGAAUUCGGCCAUUAAUCCAUUGCUGUAUGCUUUCUUAUCCAAAAAUUUCAGAAGAGGAAUGCGGGAAAUUCUGUUGUGCUCAUACAGACGGAAGAGACAAAUGAACAAUCGCAAUCAUAUGAGCUUGCAUGUGGGAAUUCAACGGCACGCGAGCACAAGAUCGACCAUGAAGGCGAACGCUACUACCGUCACAAUCUUAAACAACGAGCACAGUUCUGAAUGUUCACAUGAAGUAUGAGGAUGCGCUUCCUGUCUCUACUGUUCCAGAUACAGUUGAGGAGACAACAUUGUACUACGAAAGUGAGACUGUAUGUAGAAGAACAAAACUAAUUUUAUAUAAUUUAUUUAUUUAUGUAAUAUAAAUAUUUCUAAUGUAAAUAUAAUGUGAAGAUACCCAAUGUAUAAAAUUAAAAAUUUAUGUAAUUAAUUAAUGAUGUAUAACUAUGUUUUACUUAUAGUAAUUAAUGUGUCUAUUGUAUUCCAGGUCUUAAAUAAUCAAAUUAAUUUUAAAAAUUAAAUUGUCUAUACAAUUGGCGAUCUUUAAUAAUCUACAAACUCACUGAAGUUGUUAAAUAUCAAUUGUACAUAUUUAAUCAAAGACUGCCAGCUGUAUUUAAAACUUAUAAUUGUUAAAUGUUAUAUUCUGUUGUGUGCAAAUAUUGAUAUACAUAUAUAUAUAUAUAUAUACAUAUAUA